CCUCAGCCACCUCUGAGGAGCAUGUCAGUAAGAGCUUCCCGGAGAGCGAGGAGGAGGAGGAGGAGGAAGAGGAGCAGCAAGUGCGACGCUCAGAGAUCAACACAGACAUGCCCUCUGAAGACUGGUACAUCGAGAAACUAGUGCAGGAGCUAAAGGACGGCGACCAGACAGCCACUGUGCUGAUUCUCUGCGCCAUGAUGGAGCUGGAUCUGCUGAAGGAGAGCUACCAAGUGGCCAUCCAGGACUUAGGUGGGCUGGAAGUCCUCCUGAACCUUCUGGAUACAGACGACAUCAGAUGCAAAAUCGGGUCUUUAAAGAUCCUGACAAAGAUCAGCCAGAAUGUUCAGCUCCGACAGACCAUUGUGAAGAUGAGAGGCCUGCAGAGGAUGGUGAACAACCUGGACUUACCAGUGAAGGAGCUGCAGGCCUUAGCUGCUGAGACCAUCAAAAACGUGGCCACGUCCCGCAGAGCAAGAAGAAUCGUCAGGGAACAUGGAGGAAUCGGAAAACUGGUGAAGCUGCUGGAAUGCUUCUCUAAUCCAGCCGAGCGCAGAGCAAACAUGGAGGAGGAUUUGGAGGUGGCCCGCUGUGCAGCUUCGGCUCUGUGGAUCUGCAGCAAAAGCACCAAGAACAAGGAGGCCAUUCGCAGCGCUGGAGGGAUCCCUCUGCUGGGACGCAUGCUCCGGUCUCCACUGGAGAACAUGCUGGUCCCUGUUGUGGGUACGCUGCAGGAAUGUGCCUCACAGGAAGCCUACAGGGCUGCCAUUCAAAGUGAAGGGAUGGUGAAGGUUUUCGUGAAGAAGCUGAAGAGUAACAACACUGAGCUCCAAAUGCUUUGUGCCAGUGCAAUCUUUAAGUGUGCAGAGGACGAAGGGACCCGGGACCUGGUCCGCCGCUCCAGAGGCCUGCAGCCGCUGGUUUCACUGCUGGCUAAAGCAGACAACAAGCAGCUCCUGGCUGCUGCCACCGGGGCCAUUUGGAAGUGUUCACUCAGCAUGGAGAAUGUAGCUAUCUUUCAAGAGAACAACGUUCUGCAGAUCCUGAUUGGUCUGCUUACUGAUCAGCCUGAAGAGGUUCUGGUCAAUGUAGUGGGAGCUCUGGGACAGUUUGCUCAGAUACCAGCUAACACAACAACCAUCUGCAGGGGUGGGAGCAUCAAGAUCCUCAUUAAUCUGCUCAAAGGAACAAACCAGGCUCUGCUUGUGAAUGUAGCCAAGGCUGUGGGAGCUUGUGCCACAGUUAAGGACAACGUGGAAAUCCUCUUCGUGCUUGACGGAAUCCACCUGCUGUGGUCACUGCUACAGAACCCCAGUGCAGAAGUUCAGUGUAGCGCUGCUUGGGCCCUUUGUCCCUGCAUUGGUAAUGCAAAGAAUGCAGAGAUAAUGGCCCUCUCCCUGAUCGGUGGACUGGAACUGGUCGUUAAUCUGCUGAAGUCGACCAACAACCAGGUGCUGACCAGUGUUUGUGCUCUGGUGGCCAAACUAGCCAAACACCAGAAGAUUGUGGAAGUCCUCAGUGAAAGGGGGGCCGUCCCCCUGCUGACCAGGCUAACUGACACAACUGAUAACAGGCUUCGCUGCUACCUGGCCGAGGCCAUUGAACACCUCUGCUUGUGGAGCACCAACAGGGAGUCGUUUGGGGAAUGUGGAGCCGUGGGCCCUUUGGUCCGUUACCUGAAGUCCAAGGACAGCAGGGUCCUCUUGAGCGCAACCAUGGCCCUCUACGAGCUGUCCAAAGAGCCCAACAACAUCAUCACCAUGCAUAAGGAAGGAGCCGUCCCGCAACUGAUCCGCCUCAUAGGCUCUGAUGACCACAAGCUCCAGGAGUUUGCUGCUGGGUGUUUGCGCAACAUCCGUCUCCUGGCCCGGGCCAAUCAGAGGGCCGCUCGUUGAAAUGAGAACCAAUGAUCUCAGCAGAAACCCUGGAGAUCCAGCAGAGUCUGAAGGAAAGGGAUGAGGAUGGUGAGCAGGACCUGUUGGGCCCAGAUGUUCCAAACAUCAGGAAACAGAGAUUUAAGAAGAGGA